UGCAGGAUCGAGAUAAUAGCGCCUUGCAAAUAACCCCUAGAGCCAUAAAAUCCGAAGUAAAGAUCUGCUCAUGUCCCCUCUACUCCUGAGGCCAGACGAAAAGCAGCAAAGCAAAAGCUACGACCAUCUUCUCGCAAGACGAUCCAUCUUGUCAUUAAAAUGCGAGGUCAUCUCGAAACAACCCAACCCAACGUCCACCUACACUCGACCAUCUUUCCAAAUGAACAGCGUUCAAGGACGUAUGCAUAAUGGAAACAUGCCGACAGACCAUGAGGAACGUCUUCCCUAGAGGUGUCGCUCUAAGCAGAAUUCGAAUGCUUGCAAAUUAGCUAAAUUCGCGGCAACAGAACAUUCAAAAUGAGAGCGCCAAAUCUGAUGCUAACUCGAAGGAGCUCGUGAAAAGGACAAUAUGCACAUGGAACCCAUUUCUUCCUCGUCCAAACAUCAACAUUGAGUCCGACGUUAUUGGUGAUGAUCGAAGCCGAGAUUUGGAAGCGCUAAAAACAAAAGUGGGUAGACGGUGAAAUGUUGGUGAGACCAUGGUUGUUUUUCUCAUUGCGCGGC